AUCAAUUCUAAGUAUUGUAACCUUGUUUUUUAUUUUCUUUUUGGCCAAGGUUACUCUAGUUUAAGUAAUGCUUUUGUAAUACUUCCACUUCAUUUUCAAUGUUAUUUACAAGUUUAGCAGACAACAAAAAAAAACUUCUCAAAUAAUAAGAAAAGCUGUUUCUGAGAUCACUCUACGGGCCCUUUAUAGUCUUUAUUAACCCAUGGGCCUUUAUAUGAUAUUGUGAUGAUAAUCAUUUUACGAAUAUAGAGACAGGGGCCACAUCUUUUGAUGCAUUCGUACUUCUCCCAAGAGUGAAGCGUCCAUGACCACUCUAUAUACUACUACUCUAAUUACUCUACUGUUAUCUUCUUCACCUAUUCCAAUUCUUUCUUCUCUUUUUUGUUAAAAGGCUUACCUAUUCCAAUUCUACGGCGAGACCUCGGCGGUGGAAUGAAAUCGGAUAUUAUAGCUCCUCCACACAUGGCGGCGAUUCUUGAGGGUGUAAAUGUUCGAAAACAGAAUCUUAGCGGCGAAAAUGGAAACUAAUUGAUACUUUUGGGGGUUAUAUCUUUGCUUCUUCUUCUCUCUUCAACGCUUUGCUUUGUUGUUUUCUUCAGAAAGAGAUUUUAGAGUAAAAUAAAAGAUGAAGCGAGUACGAUGGUUGUUUACUAUUAUACCCUUAUCUUGAUGUACUAUUUACGGUACUACCAGACUUUUAUAUUCAUUUACUGUAGAUCUAUAUUGUAAAUUAGGAUUUUAUUAGUUUAUUAAUAGUUAGUUGCAGUAAAUAAGAUUAAAAAUUUAGUCAGAGUUGUCUGCUGGUAGAC